CGACGACGCCAUGGACGGCUAGCGUCGGCGCACAAAAUUCCACUCAUCCAAAUCUAACAUUCGGGGUACUUCUACAUCAGGUUUUUAGACAGUUGUACAAAUUUAUUGCGCCCUUGAAUAUCACACGAUAUAAUGCGGGUGUUAAAUCACACAUCGAAGAAGAUAUGGAAUCCUGGCGUUAUUAUUAUUUUCAUCGCGAUUAUAGGAACUGCAAGUGCUCAAGAAGACUCAUUACAAAGUGCUUUGAACGCCGUUAACAGACGCCAAAGGAAUCUCUCCCCCGACUACAAAAAUUUUUAUACCGAAGGAGGUUUGGGAAGAUACUACCCUCUCGAUGAUAAGGAUGAGCUUGCUUUUUUGAAACCAGAAAGCGAACGCCAUGAAACAGAUAUGCCUGAUUAUGAGAAGGGGAAUGAAUUUAACGGAAGGAACCGCUUUAUAUCUUCGUUUCGCGAAAGAAUAGACCAGAGCGGGGACAGUGGAAAAGAUGCAUUUGAAGAUAGCUUCCUUAACCGAUUAGGAGUCGAGUCCGAAAAGGACGAUAAUGAUGAUUUAUUAGAUGUAAUUCACCGACGCUACCAAAAAUACUACGGGCGGUAUCCAGAAUUCUAUGAAGGUAGUGCACAAGAAGUCAGGAAACGUGGAGAUUAUUCCGAAUACUAUCCCACGUUAACCAGUUUGGGUUAUGGAAGCGUUGGCUUAAGAAAAAGAAGUAGAUACGAACCGAACGACUAUUACCUCAACUACGCCCCUAGUGAUGAACUCUUAAAUGGAAUUCCAGACGACAAGAUCGAGCGCUUGUUAAAUUACUACAAGUGGAACCGCAAUCCCUACUUAAAAAACACUAAAUCAAAUAAAUUGUCUUCGUGGUACUCUGUAGAAAAACGCUUUCCUCUCUCGAAACGAAGCAAUCCCCCACCCCAAGAGCACAAGACCUCACAUGACAAAACUACUCGAGUUUUGUCGUCCACGGAUCCAAAAGUUGCCAAAGAAUUAAACAGCAUAUUUGGCAAUAGUAAAAGCAGUUCAGAAAAUAAAUCUGAAAAAAAUGAUAAACCAACAAAUACGGUAGAAAAGGAAACACUAAAGAAAGAGCUUAAUGUAUCUGACACGAAAAACACUUCCAGAAAAAAAGAAACGGCCAAAAAUGAGCCGGUUUCCACAGCAGAAAACGGUGAAACCCUUCAAAUUAAAAAGAAGUCCAUCGACUGGUCCGACUACUUCGGUUACGAUCGGAAGAAGAAGUCCAAAGAUGACAUGGGAAACGAGUGGUUAAUGGAACGUUACCACAAAGCAAUUGCGAUGGCAACGAAAAGGAAUUUAGACAAACACGACGAAAAGCAACCGACCAACAAAUUUGACAAAAAUUCCAAUGACGAAGAAACUAAACUGGUGGAAAUGGAUUUAAAAUUAAAAAAAAUCGAAGAUUCCAUCAUUGACGAUGCGCUAAAAUAUACCGGGGCGCACGAAGACGCGAGGGACUCGAAGGAAAUUCAAGACAUCAAAGAUAGUGUUAUAUCCCGUUUGGCGGAGGCGUAUAGCUUGGAAAAAAUGCGACAAGCGUUACGUGAAUACAGAACUAGCAUCGCCCAACAGCGAAAGCAACUGCAGGAAUCGGGAAAACUAGAUAACGGGUCGUUCUACGAAGAAAAGAGAGUGUCCGUUCCUAGGAAGGAGGCUAUAAAUGAAGAAAAGGAACGAACAGCUGAAGCAGAUAAUCGCAUCAAAUGCACGCGCGAAGGAGAAGAUUGUGAUGAACAAGUGUACAAACAUUCUGCUGACGUUUUAGAUGAACAGUCAUACUGGACCAGAGGAGACUGUCCACAAAUUGAAAUGGCGUGUAAUGACGUUGCGGAAGUAUUAGGCAUCUACGGAAGAACUCUGGAGCCAGCAUGUAACAUGCAUCAAAUCUGCCUUUACUGUGGUGAGAAUAGUUGGUUUGCUCCUACUCGCCAGUGCAACGUCCUCUUCUUGGCCAAAGCUGACGAGCUUUGCGACGGAGAUGUAGAAUGCCAUAAGAUCGCUAAUCAUUCAGUUCGAUACCUCUUAGACGUUUACAGAUCUGCACAGAUGGAACAUAAAAAGGAAUGUAACCUGUCUUGUCCUAAUAACAGACGAUAAAUGUGCUAAAUUUUUGUAUUUCAUGUUUGCGUAUGAAGCAAAAUGUAGUUAUCAUUUCAAGAGGAUAUCAGUUGUUAUAUUUAAUUAGGUGUAAUUAAAUUAAUCUUAUUUUUGAGAUCUAGGUACUAAAAUUAAGCCAUAUCCAACUCAUUAAAUCUUCAAAUUUAAUUUGUUUAAUAGUACAUGGAUGUUUAAUUGCAUGUUAUCAAUUUCUAAUUAUUGUAUAUUCCAUGAGUGUUGCUUACUUAUAAAUUAUAAUCAAACAUUGGUAAUAAAUGUCACAUAAACUGACCCACCCUUGCUAAAUUUCUAAUAGUAAUCUUUGAAUAUUGUGUUCAUCAAAAAUAUUCCAGGCACUUUACAAAAAAAUGUUAGCCAUGUUUAGUUAAGAUUUUUUAAUGUCGUCGAUGAUAGUAUACACUAGCUCGUUUGAAAAAUAAUGACAAUAAAUGAGUAAUUAUGGCAAAGUA